AUGUCGCUCUUUGGCAACUUUGACGUCGCCAAGCUGGCAUCACAGCUGGGCAACUUCAAGAUCCCCGACGACCCAGAGAUCAUCAACCAAGGCCACCAGGACUACGGGUACAGCAACUACGGUUCCCACAGCCAAGGCUACGAUGGCAGACCACCCGCGGGAUACGCCGGUGGUCCGCAGAAUGGCGCCGAGGAGUACAAGCGCGAGCAUCCCACCGCCUUCGGCUCCAGUGACCCCACGCGAUCCGCCUACUCCGACCCCGUCUCCGAGGGAAGUGCCAUGUCGUCCGUCGCCGCUGGCGUAGCUGCCAGCGCCGCCGCGGGUGCUUACGGUACCGCGCCGCAGUAUCCCACUCCGCAUCCCGGUAGGUAUGGUGAUUCCACAUCAUCUAGCCCAUAUCCUCAGCAGCAGCAACAACAGCAAAGCUUUGGACGGCCUCCUUCGCCGGGCUAUGGAAGGCCCCCUUCUCCUGGUUACGGCAGGCCCCCUUCACCUGGCUACGGAAGACCGCCUUCGCCGCGAUUGCCAGAGGGAUGGGUCAAGCGGUUUGAUGACAACAGCAGACGAUGGUACUACGUUAAUCAAGCAACUGGCUCUUCUCAGUGGGAGGCUCCUCCGCCACCGUCGGCCAUGUCUCCCCCGCCAAUGUCGCCGCCAGGCCAUGGAGGGUAUGGGGAAUCAUCUCGAUAUGGCGGACACUCGCCACAGCCGGGAUACUCGCCUCAACCUGGCUAUGGAGGACAUUCACCACAGCCCGGAUACGGAGGCCCACCGCCUCAGCCGGGAUAUGGCGGACCCUCUCCACAACCUGGGUACGGAGGUCAUUCUCCACAGCCCGGAUACGGAGCUUAUGCGGGCGGUGCCGCUGCGGCAGCUGCGGGAGCCGGAGCUGGGUACUAUGCAGGACAGCAAUACGGACAGAGCCAGCCCCAUGGGGGGUACGAGCAGCCUCAACAGUACGGCCAACAGCCACCACAGCAGUACGGCCAGCCCUACGGACAGCAGCCUCAACAGCAGUAUGGACAGCAGUAUGAACAGGGAUACGGCAGCGAAGAGAAGAAGAAAAAGAAGAAGAGCGGGAACAGCAACAUGUUCCUCGGCGUGGCGGGUGGCCUCGCGAUUCCGAUUCAGACUCUGAUCAUCACGAGCACCACUACGAGCGUCGUUCUUCGUCUGGGUCCUCGGACCAUUAUCGCGGUCGUUGAUCAAGUACCGCCGUCUGGGGCUCAACCGUUCCUGGACGAAGGAGAUGAGCAAGAGGUCCAGGAGCAGACUUACAGGGGUCCAGAGGAGUAUCGGGACGAUGGCGGCGUUGAUCAUCUCGUGCACACCACCGGGUAUGGCGAGGUUAUUUAUGAUGAUGAGCCGGGUGCUGACGAGGUUCGCAACAUCGAUAACUAUGCUGGUGACACCUUUGAUGACGGCUAUGCCGAUGACGGGUAUGAUGAUGGAGGCGACGACCAUAGCGGCGAUGACUAUGGCGAUGACUACGUUGAUGAGUAUGGCCACGACUAUUAUGACAAUUAG